UUGAUGCCUUUCCUCGAUGACCUGGACCCAGAUUGGACUCCCGACUACUACGACUACAGCUCCGAGCAUCAGAACCCGGAGGAGAACACCACCUCGUGGUCGACCUACGCCGAGAAUCCCGACUGGUACUAUGCAGACGACGAUCCGUGCCAGUCCAACCCCUGUGAACAUGGCGGGGACUGUGUCACCAGCGGGGACACCUUCACCUGCAGCUGCCCGGCCCCCUUUUCUGGGAACAGAUGUCAGAAAGCACAAAACAAAUGCAAGAACAAUCCAUGUGGCCGGGGCGAAUGUCUCAUCACGCACAGCACCCCCUACUACCGCUGCGCCUGUAAAUACCCUUACACGGGUCCAGACUGCUCCAGAGCGGCUCCUGUGUGCAGGCCCAAUCCCUGCCAGAACGGCGGCACCUGCUCGCGGCAUAAGCGGAGAUCCAGGUUUAGCUGCGCUUGCCCGGAGCAGUUCAGUGGGAGAUUCUGCGAAAUAGGUCCUGACGACUGCUACGUUGGUGACGGCUACUCCUACCGCGGGAGUGUGAGCAGGACAGUCAACCAGCACCCCUGCCUCUACUGGAACUCCCACCUCCUGCUGCAGGAGAAUUACAACAUGUUCAUGGAGGAGGCAGAGGCCCAUGGGAUUGGGGAGCACAACUUCUGUAGAAACCCAGAUGGAGACAAAAAGCCGUGGUGUUUCAUUAAGGUCAACAGUGAGAAGGUGAAGUGGGAGUAUUGCGACGUUCCGGCUUGCUCAGCCUCAGACAUUGCCAACCUAGAGGGGGGCCCCGCAGAGCCCCCAGCCAAGCUGCCCGGGUUUGCCUCCUGUGGGAGGACCGAGAUAGCGGACAGGAAGGUCAAGCGGAUCUACGGCGGCUUCAAGAGCACUGCGGGCAAGCACCCGUGGCAGGUGUCCCUGCAGACCACCCUGCCACUGACCACCUCCAUGCCCCAAGGCCACUACUGUGGGGGUGCGCUGAUCCACCCCUGCUGGGUGCUCACCGCUGCCCACUGCACUGACAUAAAAGUCAGACAUCUAAAAGUCGUGCUAGGGGACCAGGACCUGAAGACGACAGAGUUCCACGAGCAGACCUUCAGGGUGGAGAAGAUGUUCAAGUACAGCCACUAUAAUGAGAGAGACGAGAUUCCCCACAACGACAUUGCUCUGCUCAAGUUAAAGCCCGUCGAUGGUCAUUGUGCUGUGGAAUCCAAAUACGUGAAGACUGUCUGUUUGCCUGACGAUCCUUUUCCCUUUGGGACCGAGUGCCACAUCUCUGGCUGGGGUGUGACAGAAACGGGAGAAGGGUCCCGACAGCUGCUGGAUGCCAAGGUCAAGCUAAUCUCCAACACUGUGUGCAACUCCCGCCGUCUCUACGACCGCACCAUCGACGACAGUAUGAUCUGUGCAGGGAACCUUCAGAAACCCGGGCAGGACACCUGCCAGGGUGACUCUGGAGGCCCUCUGACCUGUGAGAAGGAUGGCACCUACUACGUCUACGGGAUCGUGAGCUGGGGACUAGAAUGUGGGAAGAAACCAGGCGUCUACACCCAAGUCACCAAGUUCCUGAAUUGGAUCAAAACCACCAUCCACAGUGAGACAGGCUUCUAAGAUGCUGUCCUCAGGACCCCAGAACCCCUCUGCACCAAGAGGCCCUCCUGGGCAGUCAAGGACAUUGCUGGAGCCUCCAGGAGGCCACAGCCAGAGUGUCCAGGCUCUAAGCAGAGAUAACUGCUAUCCAGGCUGGACCUGGUGGGACCAGUACCAUCUCACGAGGCUCCCAGGAAUGAUGGCAUCAACGUCAAACAACUGUGCCCUCUAGAAAAUCAGCAUUCACAGAGUCUGCCUUCACCGGGGACAUCUGCAAAUGCGAGACUGCAGGAUGCCCAGCUCCAGGGGCAGUCACCUGGACUCUCCUCAUUCCAAACACUGAGGCACUCAA